UAUCCCUGCAGCUCAUGCUGCUCUGGUAGCGGUUUGCAAGCGGGUGCGAUUCGGGCCGCGGGUGCCCAAGUGCGACCCACGCCUCCCUCAGCGCUUCAGCGCCUGCCGGGCGGGAUCCGGGACGGUCUGAAAUCACAAUGGAGGCAGGCAAGCAGAUGCGAGUGUCUCGGCCCUACAAAAUCAGCGAAUCUUCAAAGGUGUACCACUGGGCUGACCAUUCCACCACAGUGCUGCAACGGCUGAAUGAGCAACGGCUGCAAGGUCUCUUCUGUGAUGUGGUCCUAGUGGUGGAAGAACAGCAAGUGCCUGCCCACCGCAACCUUCUGGCUGUGUGCAGCGACUACUUCAACUCCAUGUUCACGCUGGGCAUGCGUGAGGCCUUCCAGAAGGAGGUAGAGCUGGUGGGUGCCUCCUAUGUUGGGCUCAAGGCUGUGGUGGACUUCCUCUACAGCAGUGAGCUGGAACUAGAUGGCAACAACAUUGACUACAUCCUGGAAACAGCGCAUCUGCUGCAGAUCUGGACAGUGGUGGACUUCUGCUGCGAGUACCUGGAGCAGGAGGUGAGUGAGGACAACUACCUAUACCUGCAGGAGCUGGCCUCCAUCUAUAGCCUCAAGCGGCUAGACACCUUCAUUGACAGCUUUGUGCUGAGCCAUUUCAGCACACUGUCCUUCACGCCUGACUUCCUGCAGACCAUCUCUGUGCAGAAGCUGUGCGUCUACCUGAGCAGUGGCCAGAUCCAACACCAGUGGGAGUAUGACCUGCUGCAGGCAGCUCUGCAGUGGCUCACUCAGCAGCCAGAACGUGAGGUACACACCUGCCGUGUACUAGAAAAUAUCCGCUUCCCCCUCUUCCCUGAGGACAUCCUGCUCCAGCGUGUGAAACUGGCCAUGUGCUCACUGUUGCCCAGUGAGGCCAACUGCGAGGGCUUCUUAGAAGAAGCCUUGCACUACCACAACAGCCUGGUGGCACAGCCUGUCCUGCAGACGAAGCGAACGGUGCUGCGCUCUGAUGAGUGCUUGCUCUUCGUGGGUGGCGAGGUCUCUGAGCGGUGUCUGGAGUUGAGUGAUGACACCUGCUACCUAGACGCUAAGAAUGAACAGUGGGUGAAGGAGACAUCCCUGCCAGCCCGCCGGAGCCACCACUGCGUUGCUGUGCUGGGGGGCUUCAUCUUCAUUGCUGGUGGCAGCUUCUCAAGAGACAACGGAGGGGAUGCGGCCUCCAACCUUCUUUAUAGGUAUGACCCCCGCCGUAAACAGUGGAUCAAGGUGGCGUCCAUGAACCAGCGCCGUGUGGAUUUCUACCUGGCCUCCAUUGAAGACAUGCUGGUGGCUGUUGGUGGCCGGAAUGAGAAUGGAGCCCUAUCUUCUGUAGAGACCUACAGCCCCAAGACCAACUCCUGGACUUAUGUGGCUGGCUUGCCAAGGUUCACCUAUGGCCACGCAGGCACCAUCUACAAAGACUUCGUGUACAUCUCAGGGGGCCAUGACUACCAGAUUGGCCCGUACCGCAAGAACCUGCUGUGCUAUGACCACCGGACAGACGUGUGGGAGGAGAGGCGGCCCAUGACAACGGCACGAGGCUGGCACAGCAUGUGCAGCCUGGGUGACAGCAUCUAUUCCAUUGGGGGCAGUGAUGACCACAUGGAGUCCAUGGAGCGCUUUGACGUGCUGGGCGUGGAGGCUUACAGCCCACAGUGCAACCAGUGGACUCGUGUGGCGCCACUGCUGCAGGCCAACAGUGAGUCAGGCGUGGCUGUGUGGCAGGGCCGCAUCUACAUCCUGGGUGGCUACAGCUGGGAGAGCACAGCCUUCUCCAGGGCUGUGCAGGUGUAUGACCAUGAGGCCGACAAAUGGAGCAGGGGUCCUGACCUCCCCAACGCCAUUGCAGGCGUGUCAGCCUGUGUGUGUGCUCUCAAUCCGAGGCUGGAAGAGAAGAAGAAGAGGAGCAAGGACAAGCGCCAGGACCGAGGUCAGUGACACCGAGGCUCUGGCAGAGUGGCCACAAGCAUAGCACUUACUCCCCAGCGGCUUUUUGUACUUUUUUGAUUCCUGGUAUUUCUAUGAUAUCACAGUAAAAAAAAUUAAAUGUUCUUUACAACUUUA